AUGCCGGCGACUAGGCCGCCGGCCAACGAGGUUCCGACAAUGGACCCGCCAACCGAUGCAAUGGACAGCGACCAAGAUGCAGAAGGGGAAGAGGAAACAGAUUUCUAUCACAUGGAUCAACAACUUCAGAAUGCGGUCCAUCGCGCAUAUUCGGGGGAGGCAACAGCCGAAGAAACUAAAGUCGACGACGAUAGGGAUGCAGAAGGGGAACCAGAUAUUGAGGCAAUCUUGGAUGGCGAUAAUGAUGAGACGGAACCCGUUGGUGCUGUAAAGCUGCCUGAUGAGGCCGCCCAGUCUUCUGAUAACGACGAGGAUGCCGAUGCUGAGGCUGAAGCCGAUCCAGCGUUUGACCAUCAGAGUGGUAGUGACAAUGGCAAAUCUGAAUCCAGCAGUCAAGCUUCGGAUGAUGAGUGGGAAGCAGAAAGCAACGACCAUGAGGAUGCGGAGGCGGAAAUCUCAUCCCGUAGUAAUUGCAUCUUCUGUGGCCAGGAUGAAGACCAUGACCCUAGCGAAGAAUAUGAAGAGUAUCUGACUUGCACUGUUUGCGGUGAUCACUCUCAUCGCCAAUGUGCUCGUGAACAGGAAGCGUUGCACGAAGGAGAUGAUGCCAGUCAAUGGCGGUGUCUUACUUGCACGCAAGAAAACUUGGAACCGGGCGGCCCCGAGAGCAGUGCUCAAAGAAGACUCGCACGAAAGAAUAUGUCCAAAGAGCUUCUGCCAGCACAUACUGGAGAAGAAGGCUCUGGCUUUCAUUCUAUUUUCAAUACGUUGUCUGUCAACGAAAAUUUGUUGAGUAACUCACGAUCACUGCGAAAAAGAAAGACACUGUCAGUUGAGGCUGAAGAACACACGCCCGUACUUCGAAAACGUUCACGGCAAACAUCGCUCCGCUCUGAGCGUGCAGUCUCGAAGGAUCAAGAAUUUGAGAGCACUGAGGCGACAGGUGAUGGCGUCGCUGACGAAUCGCCCGUUCGGACGCGAUCACGACGAGGACGCCCAGUGAUGAAAGAACAAUGCCACGUGGUAUCGAAACAAUUCGAAAAGCUCGUCGUUAGUUUCAAUCUCCCGCCAAAAAAGCUCUCCAAAGCCACCAGUUCGCGACAGCGGUCACGUACCCAGGUCAGAAAAACUCCAAAGCCGCCGCCCGUCGCACAGGAACCCCAAGCUCAUUUUGCCCCUAUCACAAACACCACACCUUACAUUUCCCCAUUUUACUCUUUUAAUGAUCGUGAGGCGGAUGAAUCAAAAACGAAACCUUACGGUGGUAUAUUGUCUGAAGCUGAUGCGGAUACCACCAAAACUCUUCCGACACAGCUUGAUCGAGAACGAUUUGAGGUAGCUCGACAAAAGGCCGAGGAAGAAUGGCAAAGGAGAAUGAAAGAAGCUGAGGAUAACGGGGAAGCUGUUCAAAGUGCUUCGCAGAAGGUUUCUGGUCCUCCAUCCAAAAUCAAAUAUAUCAACUUUGGUGGCUACGAGAUUGAGACUUGGUACGCGGCACCAUAUCCAGAAGAAUACAGUCGCAACCGAGUGCUGUAUAUUUGUGAGUUCUGCUUGAAAUACAUGAACUCGGAUUUUGUCGCGUGGCGCCACCGGCUCAAAUGUCCUGCGAAGCAUCCACCAGGCGAUGAAAUCUAUCGCGAAAGCUCCAUCUCCAUUUUCGAAGUUGACGGGCGGAAACAUCCAGUCUAUUGCCAAAACCUUUGCUUGCUAGCCAAGUUGUUUUUGGGCUCCAAGACACUCUAUUAUGAUGUCGAACCAUUUUUAUUCUAUGUCAUGACGGAAUUCGACGACUUGGGCUGUCACUUUGUCGGUUAUUUCAGCAAAGAAAAACGGCCCAGCUCGGCAAACAACGUUUCUUGUAUUCUCACAUUGCCUAUUCACCAGCGAAAGGGCUAUGGGAAUCUCCUUAUCGACUUCUCUUAUCUCCUUACCCGCAUUGAAGGCAAGACCGGCUCCCCAGAAAAACCGCUUUCUGACAUGGGUCUGGUAUCUUAUCGGAAUUAUUGGCGAUUGAUAUUAUCAUAUCACCUCCGUGAUCAGAAGGGUACGCUUAGCGUUGCGGAUCUCUCGGAGCGGACAGGGAUGACCGCCGACGAUAUUGUGUCUGGGUUGGAAGGAUUGCGUGCGCUUGUCAGAGAUCCUAUUACCAAGACUUAUGCAUUACGUCUUGACUACAAAUACUUCGAUGAAUGUGUACGGAACUGGGAGAGCAAAGGCUACAUCCAGCUCAAUCCAGAUGCACUGGUUUGGACACCAUAUACUAUGGGCCGAAGCAACCAGUCACAUUUCGAUCGUGCUCCAUUGCACGCGGUCGCCCCACGAGAAGGCCUGGAAGAUGAAGGUGAGGCAGGAGCUUCGUCAGUCAAUGAUGAGAAUUCAGAUGGUUCCAUCCCGGCAGCGAAUGGAGUUGGCGAUGAAACCGCGUCAGCAAGCUUCCCGUCUAGUGCUAACGGUCUCCACCAAUCGUCUACUGCUGCUGAUGGUUCAAGUACUCCCGCGGAGACGACAACAGAGAAUAACCCUGCUGCGGGAAUACCGCCAUCGCGGUUUGAGAUCUGGCCCCCUAUCCAGGCGCCCGUGUUCAAACGACGACCCGGUCGACCGUUCGGCAGCAAGAACACGUACAACCGUGGUUACUCUAUCACUCCAACAACGGCUCGAACAGUUGGCCGUGGCACGCCUAGGAAAGCAAGCACGUUGACGUCGGAAACUCCAACUGCUAACCCAUCGAGUGUCCGUCGUGGUCGCAGCGCAAUUCUCGUGGAUUCUCCUGCAAUGGGAUCGACAGUCGCGAAGGCAAACGGGGACGAGAUAUACCAACAACAACCAGCGGAGGAAACAGCCAUCGAAGGACAGCAAGAAGCUGGUUCUCUUCCAGAUGCACCACCCGAAACGGAAACGGUGGACUUUAAUCAUGCUAAAGGUGGUGAAGAGCCGACCGGAACUAAUGGCACCAACCAUGCAGAUACCUCUGUAGAGGAUACAAAGACGCCUGAGGCUAACCCUCCAGAGACUCCCAGGGGAAGGAGCUCGGAGACCAAGUCCAAACCGCCUAGAUCAGGUAAUCGAAAACCAGCUUUCUUGGAGAAGGUUUCGGUCGUUAUUUCUGCAGAGAAGCCCAAUGUCGCGGGUGAAAAUAAAGUAAAUGGCACCGACAUCGAUGGAAAUGUGUGA